GGUGCGACUAGCUCAGAAACCCCCCUGGUGUUGUGGACAUUUGCUGCCGGACAGCAGCUGUUGUUGGGACCAGGCAGGUUCUGAAUGCACUGUCGCUGCCAGUGAAUGGCUAGAGUCGCUCGGUGGAGGCAGUGACUUGGGUUUGGGUUUGUUUUAUCCACCGGUGUAUGUGUUUUCUUGGACCUUUAGCAGCAGCUGAGCUACUAGAGAGUAUAUAUAUAUAUAUAUAUAUAUAUAUAUAUAUAUAAUCAUCCUGGGCUUCAGGACUUCACAGUGGCGACCAGCAUGGACUCCCGUCUCUCCAAGCAGAUCCAGUGCUCCGUGUGCCUGGGAGACUUCGUGGACCCGGUCAGUCUGCUGUGUGACCACACGUUCUGCAGACAGUGCAUCAGUAACCACUCCCAGAGCAGCCGCGGCCUCAGGCUGUGUCCAGAAUGCCGCCGACCCUACACCAUGUGGGACCUGCGGUCUAACCGGGUGCUCCGUAACAUGGUGGAUGCCGUCAGGGAGCAUCUCUCGGAGCAGCAGUCCCUCAGAGACAGGGGUGCGUCCGCUGCCGGCACAGACAGGACCACAACCGGGCCGGUGCUGGAGUCAGAGAUGCUGUUGUGUCCUGAACACGACGAAAGACUGAAGCUGUUCUGCGAGACGGAUCAGCAGUUAGUGUGCCUGAUCUGCAGGGACGGCGACAACCACCAAGGCCACAAGUUCAAACCGGUGGACGAAGCAGCAGGACCCAAGAAGGAAAUGCUGAGAGAACCGCUAAGCUUCCUGUCGAAGGAGAACAAAGAGUUGGAGGAGCUGAUAAAGAAACAGACUACAGAGAUCACUAAAACUGAGGAGAAAUCUAAGCAGCUGUCGGCUCAGAUCUCGGCUCAGUUUGAGGAGAUGCACAAGUUCCUCAGGGAAAAGGAGCAGAAGGUGAAGGCGCUGCUGGAGAAGGAGGAGAAAGCCGUGGUGGAGACGAUGCAGAAGAACAAAAUCGAGAUAGAAGAGAAACUAAACAGAGGAAGAGAGGAGGAGGCUGUUCUUCAUUCAGUCCUGGAAACAGAUCGGCCUGAUGGGUUUCUGCAGUGGUGGAUUGAGACUGGGUUGGAUUUAGUUGAAGGAAUGAGAAUGAGGGAAACUGGAUCUGAGACUCUAGAGUUUAAGUCCAGUCUGAAAGGUCUCAGCAUCCUGCCCGACUCGCUGUUCCUCGGCCCCUAUGAAACCCAUCUGCAGUUUUUUGUGUGGAGGGAGAUGCUUGGGUCGAUAAAACCAGUUCCAGAUCGUAACGUCAUAUCAGACUGCCAUGAUCCGUACCUGCGGGUUUCGUCAGAUGGCCGCAGCGUCACCCGCACAGCCAAGAAGGGUCUUUUCUACCGGCAGAGAGAUUACAGACCGCUGGCCCGGACCCACAAGACCUUCCAGUCGGGGCAGCAUUACUGGGAGGUGGACGUGGGGGAGAAGCGGGACUGGAGCGUGGGCGUGGACGAAGGCUGCAUAAGCAACACCAACAAAGACAUCCGGCUGCAGCUGAAGCACAGUCAGGGUUACUGCGUUAAAGAGAACGGCACAGAGAGCGAUAAGGAGCUGAGCGUGAAGCCGCGGCGGAUCGGCCUGUACCUGGACUGUGACCGGCGGCAGGUGUGCUUUUAUAAUGCGGAUGAUAUGACUCUCCUCCAUUCCUCUGUCUAUCCGUCCUCAACUCCGUACUCCCUCAGUCUCUCACCUGGGGUCUACCUGCAGGACAGGAAUGCUGACCCCCUGACCGUCUGCUGGAACUGACAAUCCAUGACUUUUAUACAGGUUCCAGUCUUUCCCACCCUAAUCUCUAUCUGAACACACACACACUGGGCUUUAUUUUAGUGAUCUGUAGGCAAGCCGCCAACUGCGCACCAUGCAGAUUGAUUUAGGGCAUGUUGGUGUGUCUUUGCGAUCGUAACAACAGGAAAAGUAUGCCUUUCACCACUCAAAAAGCACAAAAGUAUGUGUGUAACAUGAAACAAACCAAUCAGCGUGUUACUUGCCAUUCUCUUUAAGAGCCAGGUGUGCUCUGAUUUUGGCAGAUUGCUAUUUUAACAGCGCAGCAACCUGGAUGUGUCCAGGCCAUUUACGGGAAAAGCAGGAAUCUCUAGUUCAUGUAGCCCUGCUGUUAGCUGUCGGUGCCAGAUGAAGCAAAUUUGGACUUACUCCUUCCAGGUGCGUAGAUGAUAGUCUCUCCCCAUCACGCUCAAAGGUGGUACCGGGUGGCACUAGGCAAUGAUGCAUCAGCAGCAGCUCCAAAAAAGUGGUGACUGGCGUGUCAGAGGAGGCGUGUGCUCAUCCGCACCCUCCUAGGGUCGCAGGCGCCACUGGAGAUGGGGACACACAAAGGGGUGGGACAAUUGGAUAGCCAAAUUGGGAUAAAAAAGGGGAAAAAUAAGAAUUAAAAUAAAAACAAACAGGAAUCCACCAAAGAUUCCAAAGUCCCCACCUGUGUUUUCAGUUGUAAAGAUAGCAAUAAAUCAGAAACUGACCUGAACACACCCCAAUUCCAGCCCACCACAGCCUUCAGCAAAGAUAUAUUUACAAGCAUCAUUGCUAUUUAAACAACUAGUGGAAGGCAUGAAAAUAUACCGUAGGCGAGGUGUAAGAUAGCAAUGGGCAUUGUGAUGCGACUUGUGCAGGGUGUAUGAUAGGGCCCACUGACCCUAAACUCAUUUAUAACUUAGAACAGAUCCAGUGUGCAUCAUCCUAAUCUCUUUCUGCUGUAUCUGUGUUAUUAUCCCUUCUAUACCUAUCUUAUAUACAGUACAGACUUCAUAUGUAAGAGUUGGACAGUAUAUUGCGUGUUUACUGUAGUGCUGGUUAUUGCAAUGUUGAUCCUGUGGUUUAUUAAGCCCAAUUGUGAGUUCCUGACCAAUCACAGCUCUAUAUGAGUUCUUGUGGCUCAGCCAUAACAGUAAGCCACACACCUUGGGUUGUGUUCCUUGGGUUUUAUGAUGCUGUUUGAUUAUGAUCAUGUUCUCUAGAAAAGCAGAACAGCCUUCACAAAACAGCUUUUCAGAUUUUCAUUUAUUAUUUUCAUUUCACUUCAUAAUUACUUGCUACUUUGUGUUGGUCUAUCACAUAAAAUCCCAAUAAAAUACAUUUGAAGCUGAUGUGAAGUUUUGGGAUUUGGGGGAUAUAUAUAUUUUCACUCCUUCGUUUCUUUGGUUUUACUAUUUGUGAACAAGCAACUUAGCUACUGAGUACCGAGUACUUCUGAAGUCUCCAUUGCUUCACCAGCAGCCUGCGCUCAGUAAAACUGAGCCGGAUCCUCUUUUAGAGGCUGUACAUGUGACGUACAUACAUAAAGAUGCGUGACGGGGCACAAAAAGCUACCCGACACCCCAGUUUUUAGAAUGAAUAUAUCAGUCUUAGCAGGGAUGGUCGGUUCUGCACCCUGGAACCAUUAAACAAUAUUUUAUCCCUUCUCCACUCUUUCAGUUUAGAGACAAAAUAAUACGUACUGCCACUUUAAGUUCCAGGGGUAUAAAUAUUUUUUCAAGGCACUGUAUAGCAAAAUGAAAAGGACUUUCACAAAUUUGGUCAAAA